AUGUGGCAGAUGAUGCCGGGUCUGAUGGCUUCGCUAAGAACACACGUCGCCAACCACCGUCAACACCUCUCCAAGAGCCACCUCAAGGACAUUGUCGUCCAACUCAGUCUAGCCAUCGUCGAGGUUGGUAUUGUGACACUCGCCAUCCCCUUAUUCAUCGUUCUCCCGGGGAUCCUGUUCGGGGCUUGGUUGGGAAUCUCAAUGAGCAUGGUUCUGGGUCUGAGUUGGUUGAUGAAUGGAAACGAAGUCAUGUCCAGCUGCGACGAGUUCGGAAACAGCACGACAGACAUCGACGAUGACGAGGAGAGAUGGAUCUUCAUUGGUGGAAUGGGUACCAGCUCAACCCACCUCACGCAAUGCACGAUUCCUCGCCUCGCGCGCCUUUUCGGACGCUCUUUCAGCGGUAUCCAGAUGGCAACCUACGGUCUACCCUUCGACAUGCUCCUCCUCGCCAUCCAGCGGUGCUUCCCAUUCGAAACCCAAGCCUCGCGCGCCCUCUACACCGAGCUCCGCACCGCCCUCCUCGAUGCCGCAGUUCACCGUGUCGCUGUACUCGCCCACAACAACGGCUCUCUCCCCGUUGCACACGUUCUUGCUCGCCUCUGCUCCGAUAUCCAGGCCGAAAAGCUCUCCAAACUAGAGAUUUACACCUUUGGUGCCGCAGCUUCAGAAUUCGUAGCGCCUGUCGGGGGAACCAGCCGCAAGGUUACCCGCUUCGAGGACGGAUCCACCGCAGUGGUUGAAGACCGUGGUCCUCACAUCGAGCACUUCGCCUACGCCAACGACCCAUUCGCGCAGAUGGGUGUGCUCCGUUCUGUUCAGAAGAAGCUUGACGGCCGAUUCUGCGGCGGCGUUUUCGUGAUCCAGAACCAGGUUCCUCAACCCUCUGGUCAUUGGGUUCCCGACCAGCGACCCGUGAUGCUUCUGACGGACUAUCUCUCGGCCCUCUUCCCCGAUCCCUCAUCACCACAAGCACCCAGCAGCAUCCUCGACUACGUCAUGAUGAUCGACCGCGACAUUGCUGAGAAGCGAGAGCUCGCUGCCAUGGCAAACUACGCGCAGACACGCCGAUCCCGUAAGGACAGUCGCCGUCUCAGCUGGACCGGUCUGGGAGCGACUGUCGGUGGUAGAAGCGGCGUCAUGGACGGUGUCACCGGACUCGAGAUGGCGAGACGCGGAUGCCGUGACUGCGAUGGCCACCGCGGACGCGAAGUCAGUUGGCUUUCCAACUACGUGCAAACCGGCUGGGUCGUCGAAAAGGAGUCCCACGUCGUCGAUGCCAUGGGCAUUGGAGGCAAAUUUUGA